AUGUGUUCAUCUCAGGUUACAACUGCGCCGCUUUUCACAACAAGUUCUACAUUUGUCCAACCUAUCACAGGCAAGGGUCCUCCAUUCAGACAUUUGUUGUCCACGGUUGAGGCGCCACGACUUUUCAUGCUAAUUGAGCACGAUGCUCUCCCGUCGUUCUCCUCAGACCCUCUGUCACUGCUCCCCGAGUGCGCGCACUUGACGAGCUUUGAUUCGAUACCAUCUACCCCUCUGCACACGCUGAUCUCGCUCGGUCUUGACACGGCCAAGCCGCAGGCUCUUCACGCUAAAUCCAAUGUUCAACUUGACGCAGUUACACGAUACAUCUGCAAUGUUGGAUUCGGGGGUGCUGGUAAGGGUGAUAGACAUGGACAUUAUCCUACACCGCACGGUACAGUCGCCAGGACGAAGGAAUCCCCUGGUACCUUCAACGCAGCAUCAAACAUGGCUCGGAAGUUUCAACUUGAUGACGGCGACUGCAAAGACAUUUUUAUCCGUUGCAAAACAACGGAUAAAAACGUAAUCAACGUGAAUUAUACGAAGGGCCAGGAAGAUCACCAUCCGCAAUCCCCAUAUCCCAGCUCCGGGGAUGCGGUCCUGUCCUUCUGGGAAACUGGUCCUCGGUUUUCCUAUCACGGGUGGUUCCUUGACGAUCCCUCAACGCAAGCAACGCCCGAACGGACAGAUUCACCACAGGUCACCACAGGUUGGAUCCGUCGCAGUGGGAGACGGGGGGGAUACCAGCAGAUUGAUUCGUUACUGUUUUCCGUCUGUACCUCGAGGUUGAACGAUGUAAAGGACCGCAUCGAUGGAAAUCCUCUCAACGAUGCUCUCCGGACUCUGCCUCUGCUUCGUGCUCAGCACCUCACGUGUAUUGAACAAGAUCAACUCCAAUUCCAAUUCCAAUCCAAAGACCCCAAGGACCCCGGGGAUGACGAUCUACAAACACCCCUUCCUCAGUCACGUUUUCUCGUUCCCGACAAUGAUGAUGAUGACGAUGAAUUACAAAUGCCUCUUGCGUUAUUCCCUAUUAUAUCUUCCCUACCUGUUCCGGUGCAUGAAUUUAGUUGGAAGAGGGCGGCCGCACAUCCCCCUUCCUGCUUUGCAGUGUCCGCCAUUUGUCUUCGAUUGCGCGAGAUCGCCAGACCAUGUUCCAUCUUACACCCCUUACUCAUUACAUACGGCGCCAGUAAUGUCGCGAAACCGGUGACUCAAGCAAGAUGGUUUACAGUGCACCAGUAUCCAGCAUUCCUUGUUCCUCAAUGGUGGAUCUUCUUGUUCCUGAGGUGUGAUGCCUUGACCACAACCAAGCCAGCCCUAAUACCAGCUUCACGAUCAUAGAUUAUACAAUCCCUACCUCUCCAUCUUUGUACCUCCCCAAGACGGUACAUCUUUUUAUUGAACCAUCACCUCCCCCUAUCACGUUUUUUUCUUGGUCCAUGUGCACAUGUAAUGGUCGAAAAGGUCACCUAGAAGCAUUUCAAACUUACUCCAUGUCUUUGUCUUCACUCUCGCGGGUGUGUGCGUGAUCCCUACCCACAAAAUCACUGCAGAAACUCUUUCCCCAAGGUUGGGUCAUCAAAAGAAUUCGGAUAGAUAAUCCAGGACUGCAUCGGGCGGUAUAAAAAACGC